AUGUUGCGCUUGCUUGCGGUGACCGCCUGCCUCGCCAAAGUCGCCAUCGCCACGUGCCCUGACGAUCCGGAGGUGGACCUUUGCGAGACAACCGGCGAAGAGACGGGCUCCGCAUUCCGCGGCUCGCCGUGGAUGGCGCUGCUGCUGCCCCUCGCCUCGGCCCGUCCCAAGGUUGCCACAGGCUUAGCGUUGGCACUGGCGAUGGCUGUCGGGGCGGAGGCCGUCACUUGCGGCGAGGUGAAGGAUUUCUACAAGAGUGAGCAGUGCUGUGGCUCCCCCACCACGGUGCUGAGCAACCCCGUGCCGGGCACUCCAACUUGCCCGUACAACUUCAACAAGCCAGCUUGCAACACGGCCGAGCCUCAGACGCCUCGUGAUCUCUCAACUGGCGCUACAGGCAGCAUGGUGCCGAAGGCGGCCACGCUGACGGAUGCUCAGGCCAACUUCCUGCCGCUGGUGAACGUGCACUUCCACCUGGGGGCUGAGCAUAAGAGCGAUGCCUACAACAACGACACCGAUGCGAUGGCGUACGACGCGGCCUCCUCCGGCAGGCGCCUGGCCAGCAACCCACGUCCUGGCUUCAUGUGCCCAACGGACACGCUCACUGACGCGCAGAUGACGCCGUACACCUUUCAGCACUGCACGGGUGACGUGCAGGUCGGCAAGUCCUACGAGGUCCACUACGUGCACUCUUCAGCCGGCACCGACAACGAUGCUUCGGACGGCAUGAAUGCAGACCUCCUCGCGGAUGGUUUGGGAGGUGCCGCAAACGGCCGUGGCCUUCUGAACCCUAUGGUCGUGGUGCAGGGCCAGAUCUACCAGAUCGUGAACGGGGGGCCUACUGUGAACGAUCUGCUGCAUGGCUGGACCGUUGUUGGACAUAACAACUCCGUCAUGUACUCUGGGUCAACCACCGGCCAGUCGCACGACAACUCAGUGUGCUCUCCAUACGUCAUCACUUGGCAUGUGGACAAGGAUUGCCACCAGGUUUCUCCCGAGUCUUUCGACAACCUCUGCAAGCAGAUGAAGGACCUGUACGGGAUGUCGGUUGACCUCGCACCCCACGGCUCUCGCAUUCUGGUGUCUCCGACCUACGUGGUGCAAUCUCAGUACGUUGUGCCCUUGGCCUGA